AUGACCAUGAACUCUGCCCUUAAAAAACCAUCACUGCCAAGCAAGAGUGCGUCGUCUCAGGCGCUCACACUGGUCGAUGCUAUCGCACAGCAUAAGAAAAAAGUGCUGACCACUAAAGAGACUUCACAUCAAAUGCAGGAGAAUCAAGCGCCUUCUGCUAACGUAACGGAACCACCACGACAGACAGUCAAGCAAUCGCCGAUGGUUUUCAAAUCCGAAUUGAAUGUCAUCGGUAGCAAGUGUGACAAGAAAGUGAAGCGUGUAUUCAAAGAAACUGUUAAGGAGGCAGCUCCUACGAUUUCUGCAGUACUAGAAGAUGACGGUCUUGUUCACUUGACUGACCGAUCACGCCUCUCGGACCUGACACAGCGUAUGAAGCCUAAGCUCAAAGUGUCGGAGAGUGGGCGCUUUGAGGACCAAUAUUACCAUGCGCAUGAUGGUAGCAAAGCCAUGGCUAGGCUGCGAAAGCGUGCGUAUCAAAAAAAUCGAACCGUACACAUGAGCGGCAAUGAUGUGGAGCAAUUUUCAGAUGCGGAUAUCAUUACCAGCGGCUAUUUGGUUAAACAAGGCUCGUUUUGGAAGUCAUGGAGGCGUCGAUUUUUCAUCUUAAGACGAGACCGUCCCGUGCUUUGUUACUAUACGUCAGCUGAGGAGCUUGCCAAGCUUGGAGAGAUCCCCAUUGACAAGAAUACAAAAGUGCAGCCCACACCAAAGGAGGGAUUUCCAUCCAGAUUCACUAUCGAAAAUGAAGGACGCAAGCUUACGCUAUUUGCAGAGCAAGGAGAAGAGAGUAUGGAGACUUGGAUUGCUUGCAUCAACGGAUGUAUUUUGCAACGUGUGAGGUCGACGUCUCGCACAACGAUUAAUGGAUCACUCUCCCGCCGGUCGGAAGACGCUUCCUUCCAUACGCAGGUUCAGACACGUCUUUCAGAGAGCACACCGUUAUUUGAUCAUGUCAGUAUAGAUUGCGCAACUUUAUCGCGUAUGGAAAGUCAGCACAUCGCCAGCGGCAUCAACACUAUGAAGCGGUUUUCGACUGAUUCAACCGUGAUUCAACAAGCUGCUAAAAAUUCACGAUCUAUCCGAGAAAAUGAAAAAAAUCAGAACGAGCACAAGCAGCUAUGUAAGCAGCAACCUAGCAGCGCAUUUUCACGCUCAAAUAUGGCAAAGGCGACCCUUCCACUCGUUCGGUCAUCAAGCGCUGGCUCUAUUUUAACUCAGUCUACGUCUUAUCUCGCUGUACCUCGUGCAUAUGAUGACAAUGAAUUAUCGACAAUACAUUCUCAUCAAUCUGCAAGUGGUUUACAUAUAUGGCAACUUUCGUCAAACUCUCCACGAGCACCAAAUCUAAGUUUGCCAGGAUUCAGACGAAGUCCAAGUGUUGAAGUGGCUGUAUCGGUUGGCAGUGAGUCCGUCCAAGAUGUAUCACACAUGCUAGUCGUUUUGUCGAAAGUUCGCCAAGGGCAACAACCGGAGGAAAUGUCACGAACCGAGACUCGUAGCUCACUAUCCCUCCGAUCUUGUGGUGGUAAUUUUUAUGCUCGAGACUUCAAUGCCUUGCUUUCGGUGCCGCGAACAGCACGUUCGAUGCUGCAGCUUGAAGUCUUUGCAGUCAUGAAUUCUUCCUCCGAGGCGUUAGAGCAUCAAAAAUUGCUCGGCUUUGUGCGAAUAUCUGCUCUUGAUGUCCUUUUCUCACGUGAAACGUCAAUGCUGCUUGAGUGUUACCGGACAAAUGCGUCCAAACAGAUUUACUACCUUAUUUUGGAUCGAUUCCUUCCUCCUAGUCACAGUUUAAAUGUGAGUCACGCGUACACGUAUGCACAGCACCACUACUUAGUAGAUACACAAGCAGUGGAAAAAUGCAAGUCAAGCGAUUUCAUGACAAGUUCUACGUUAAGUUUACGAGAUGGGUUGAGUUACAAUAAAAUGAUAUGCAGGCAGAUCAGUCCGUCGACCGCUAGUCAUGUGCUUGUAUCAGAGGAACUUUCGGCGUCUUAUGUAUCCGUCUCAAUGACCGUUGCUUAUUUAAAAUACCUUCAGCGGCGCAAUGUCUCCCGCAUUCACGAGGCAAAGCAAUUUAUUAGUGAUAUGAGGCAACACAUUCAAGCAAGCGCGGCUCCUAGCCUUUCUAACACUCAGGUUGAAGAGAGGAUGCGUGAGGUGGAGCUUGUAAUGGCCCAUUACAUGCGUCUUCAUGCUGCGUAUCAAGAGAAUCUAAAAAGGUAUCAAACAAUGUUUGCAUCGCUUGAGGAUGGACGAGAACAGGGCAUUACUGGGUGUCUAAAGCGUAGCAACAUGAAGAAAGAUAAAGCAACAUCAUUUAUGGCCACGAAUCUUAAUUGCCAUUUGGUGCGUGGUAGACGCGUAUACCUCAGUGGAGAUGCCAAUUGGAGUGAGCAAGCUCUGAGGGGAAGUUCGAUUUCAGCCUCGUUUGAUGAUGGAUCUGGAUCAGACGACAGCGAUAGUGGGACGUUGCAGACAUCUGAGUUUGUGUACUCUUUAGUCACUCACGGCUGCGCUUCAGCACAUACCAUGGGCUUUAAAGAGGGCGGACUGCGUCGUCUCCAGCAGCUAUUGUCUUCCCAAAGCCCACCAGAUCCACGUCUGCGUGAGCGCAUCGAGAUGAGAGAAGAUGUUGUGCGUUCCCAGGUGCUAGCUAUCGCUGGCGCCUCGCUACUAAAUGCUGUAGACUUGGCCGCAACUCGUGGUGGCCAGCACCGCCAGCGUCUGCAGCUUGCCUGUUCGACUGGUUAUUUGCUAAGCAUUGAAUCCUUGUUAAGCACAGUUGGGGCUGAAAAGGGAAUGCUUGAAGACAUGUCGGAAGGUGUUCGGUGGCUUAAUAGUGUCGUGAGUUUCCAGCUCGUGCAAUCUGCAGAAGCACACCCCUACAUGAAAUUUUCAAAGUGUGUUGGUGUUACAAGUACACCAACAGGAGAUCAUGUUGUGGUUGCUUUUGCUGUACCACCUUCCAUCUUUUCAAAACUUCCAGACGUACUGCAGCAGGGACAUGCCAUUAAACUUCACGGAGUCUUGUUUACACAAGGCAUCAACGAGAUGCAGUCUGUAGCGAAUCAUUAUCUGAAUUCAAGUCUUCAAGACGAGUUGAAUUUUGAAAGCGUGCAGAUGCUACAACGAUACUUCAGAGUUUACUAUACCCAAAUAUCUGCUUGUGCGGAUGGUGAUAAGAAGAAACGUGAAGAAGAUCUAGCUAAAUUAGCGGAAGUACAAGCUGAAAUUGAAGCGCUAACUGACCGCCUCAAUAUUCGUACAGAAAAUGUGCAGAAAAAGUUUGUGAACAUUUUAAUCGCGUCUAGCGAUAUUUGUCGCCGACUAGGUGCUGGACGCACGACUUGUUGUAAGAGUGGUAAGGACCGCACGGCGAUGUCGGUAACUUUAGAGACCUCGCGUUUACUCGUGGAGCAUUUUCACGUUAAACAGGGAGUGCAUCUCUGCAAUGCAAUGAGGGAACGUGGUGUCCGUCGCGUUAAUGUGCUCGCAAAUACUGGUAAGACCAAGUACGCAUUUAAUUCAUUUCAGCUCAAGUAUAUUCCAGAUUGCUACAAGCCCCCACUAGCCUGUGCAGACUCACACGUGUCCUCGUAA